AUGGCUGUCAACUCGCAGACAAUGACGUACACUGGCCUUGUUGAUCAAGGAGAGAAAAAUAAUCAGAGCAAGGAACUCGCAGAUCAUGGCCUCGUCUUUGCAUUUGCUCCGUUUGGUGAAACCUACCUACAGCCAGUAGCCGUGUUUGCGUCAAAAGGACCAACUAAGGGGACGCUGCUUUCGCAACUCCUGAUCCAGUGCAUCGUGCACCUAGAAAAAGCCGGCUUGUUCGUAGACGGAGUAGUGUGUGAUGGUGCAUCCACCAAUCGCGCGAUGUGGAAGCAGCUCGGCAUUACUGGUGCACUUGGCCACGUCCGUAAUUCCUUUGAGCACCCAAUGGACAGCUCUAGAAAUGUUUAUGUGCUGUCUGAUACGCCUCACAUUUUCAAGUGCAUCAGAAACAGGCUACUGGACAAGAAGGUUCUUAAAAAGACGGCAAACUGA